GUCAUUGUGACGGGUUGUGGCGGUGGCGUUGCGCGUCCCCAGCGUGACGCGCAGUGACGCACACGCGGCCAGGGCACCACCACGUAGCAGUGUUGCUGCAGCAGCAGCAACACGCACACAUGACGCAGUACAGCUGGGCGAGGGCACGCCUGACGCAGUACAGCUGGGCGAGGGCACGCCUGACGCAGCUGGGCCCAUAGGGGCGGCUAGAGCCUUGACGGUUCCCAGGGAGUGACGUCACCACACUUCUCCUUACGAACCUCACCCACAUCAGACGGAGGAUCAGCGAUGCCGUGGAGCUGUGACAGGACGCUGGAGGUGGUGUUCUGGGGGGCGGUGAGCGCCCUCCUGGCGGGCCUCCUCCACGCCCUGGGCCUCCUCUCCUGCUGGGUGGCCUUCCCGCCCGCCUGGGCCCUCUCUGCCGGCGCCGCCAUAGCUCUCUCCAACAUUACGGUGUCUCCCUCAGGGAAGGCUGUGGUGGUGACGGGGUGCGACUCGGGAUUCGGUCAUUCCUUUGCCCUCAUCCUCGACAAACUGGGGUUCCGGGUGUUUGCUGGCUGCCUGCAGGCUGACGGUGAGGGCGCCGAGCACCUCCGGCAGGAGGGGUCCAGCCGCCUCCACGUCCUGCAGAUGGACGUCACCAGCCAGGACCAGCUGGACAAGGCUGCCCAGGAGGUCAGGCGCCUCCUGCCUCACGGAGAGGUGUUGUGGGGCCUGGUGAACAACGCCGGGGUCUCCGCCUUCGGGGAGGUCGAGUGGGUCCCCAUCACCGUCUACAAGCGCACGGCCGAGGUUAAUGUCUUCGGCCUUAUCGCCGUCACCAAGACCUUCUUGCCCUUCAUCCGACGGGCAAAGGGUCGCCUGGUGGUCAUGUCCAGCGUUGGGGGAAUCAUGGGGCGGGAACGCCUCUCACCCUACAAUCUCACCAAGUUUGCCAUAGAGGGGUUUUCCGACUCGUUACGGCAGGAGAUGAAGGCAUGGGGCGUGACAGUCUCCUUGGUGGAACCUGCUAACUUUACUGCCGCUACCAACAUCGCCACAGAGGAGCACGUUGAGGCACAGAUGAAGAAGAUGUGGGCAGCCAUGGAUGAAGAUGUUCAGACUGACUAUGGGAAAGACUACUUUGAUUCAGUCAUUAAAGGUUUCAAGGCAAAUUCUAAGAGUGGGCACGACGACAUGACCCCUGUGCUGCAGGCGAUGACCGAGGCACUGAUGCAGAGGUUCCCCAGGGCUCGUUAUCGGGUACUCGACACCUACUACUUCUUCAAGUUGAUAGCCGCUGUCCAUUUUCCAGAGUGGCUCUUCGAUCUCCUCUACGUCACCACACCUCGUAAACUCAAAGAAAAUGACAACACACACAGGAAAAGGGAUUGAGCCUUUAAAUAAAUACAAAUAUAUUACUCAAGGUUGUAAUUAUGCAAACAGGUCCAUCACUGCCAACUUAGUCAUGAUAUGCACUUAAUUCACUUGUGUGCUUGCCAGCUUCAUUGUCCCGACUCUUUAAGCUGUAAAGUUCCUAUGAAUGUGAUCUGAUAUCGGCCAGUAUCAAGAAAAUUACCAAGACUAAAAGGGAGUGUGUAUUGCAUCUAGUGGCCUUAAGAGUAUACUGUACCUCACUAAGAUACGUUUCCUAUAUAUUUAUAUAAACUAAGAAUUAUGUACAGCGGUACCUCAGCUUACGAAUUUAAUCUGUUCCCAGAGAAUACACGAGCUGAAAAUUUGUAAACCGAAGUGAAUUUUCCCCAUAAGAAAUAAUGUAAAUUAAUUGCUUGGGAGUGUGGAAUUUAUUAACUUUAAAGUAAAUUUUAUACUUAAUUCACCCAAAUCUUUAAUCCCCUUCCAUUAUAACAUCAGGCAGUGAUGACUUCUCUGGGGUACACUCACUUUUUGCCUGCAUACCACUAGGCCCUGCUUGUGGAUCACUGCUUUAUUUUCUCAAUAAAAAUCUAUCCAUAGAAGAUCGUUUUUCCCUACGUUGUAGAACUUGUCUGUAGUGAGGCAGUGUCAUUAAAAAGGUUAAGACAACAGCCUCCUACAUCUUGCACUGGGCGAGUCGUUUCAACAAAAGUUUCCAUUUCUUCCCACAGUCUACACUACUUUCUAAUUGUCGAGAAGGGACAUUCUGUACUGCCGCCUCUCCUGAAGAAAUUUCCUCAGCAGCCUCAUCAACAACCCAUGUACCAUUUCCACGUUUACGAAUGAUCUAUGGUUAGGCUCGUGUGUUUUCUUGGCUUGAACCUUACCACCGGAUUUCUUGGGAUCCUUGGCAAGAUAUAUAACAUGUUCAAAUACCCAAAAAAUCUCAAACACAAAUUCUUAAAGAAUUUAGGCACGAUAGUCCCUAGACGGUAGGCACUGGUAAAAGAGGCGCAGUUGCCGUACCACCAUGCGCUAUGUUGGCCAUACACGUAUCGGCAAAGUUCGUAACCCGAUUUGGAUUUUACGAAGACAUUGGGCUUGUAAUCUGAAAAGUUCACAAAGAGGGGCACUCGUAAGCCAAGGUAUCGCUAAAUACAUUAUUACUGAUGCAUAUUUAUGAACAUUAUAAUUUGGUUUAUAAAGUACUGUAAUAGUAAUGUCUUCUCAGACAUUACGUAGGAUAAAAAUCUACAUUUGUGUGAAAGUUAUACAAGUAAUUUAGUCUAAGACAGUGCUUUGUCAAAGUCUGGGCGUGUGAUUAGGACGAGACUUGCGUCUCGUCGUGUAAACUUAAACGUCGAGAUGCAAGUCUCUUCCUAAGCACACGCACAGACUUUGACAAAGCACUCUGGAGUAUAUGAAAGUAAAUUCCUUACAUAAAUUUCACAAAUAUGGGUUUUUAUCCCAUUUGGUUUAUUAUUAACCAGCAUUCUUUUAUUUGUACAGGAUUUUCCAGUCUCAAUACAGCACUUCUUACAGCAAACAGUUUCAUUCCAAGAUAAAUCUGCCCCAUUGGAGUUUCCUUCACAUGCAAGAGGGCAGAGAAUAAAUGAAAAAGAAUUCACGUUGGCCCAUGUGAGGCAGCUCCUACCGGCCUCUGCAUCAUUUUCCCCACACCGGUGCAAAGACC